GAAUUUUGUCAAUAUCUAGCGGAUACAUGCAGAUAAAUCAAUGCGUUAUAACAGUUUGAAUAACUGCCGGGUUGUUUAAAAGCUCAGAUUUUCAAAAAUAUCAUUUUAUAAGAAUACGUCGUGCAGCAAAAUCUAAGUGUGUUUUUUUUUCGUAUUUUAACAUACUCAACCAGAUCACGAUGUAUAUUGUUUAACGUGUUUGUUUAUAAACCCAUAGCUAUUGGUAAUACGAUAUGGGUAAUGGUAACAAUAAAGUGAGACACGAUACGCAGUCACAUGACCGGAUAUCACCUGGAUUUAGUAACUACGAUUGAUUUUACAUGUUUAAGUUAACAACAACAGGAGUAUAAAUAGUGACAAAAUGGCUUCCAAUUUAGAGGAUAUAAUUCACAGAGGAUGUGACUCGUUUUUUGACUUUGCUUGCUUUACCUGUGAGGGAAAUGGCGGAAACACAGAGGCUGAAUUUUACUGCAAAGAAUGUUCUCAACUUUGGUGUAGCAAAUGUGUGGAGCAUCAUAACUAUCUUUACAAAAAGCAUGCAAUCUUGGGUAAGAAAAACAUCACUGAAUGGCCGAAGACUAAUGUUGGUGAAUUAGAGAAAUGUCAGGAGCACAAGAAAGAAAAACUGAGAAGAACCUCCGAGGAUCACAAGCAGAUGAUAAUAUGUAAUGUCUGCCAUGUCCACAAUUAUCAUCAAUACGUACCCCCGGCCAGGAAGGACAAAGAGUCCUCUAGAUUAACUGUUGAACACGGCGGAACGGACAACAGGAAAGCAAUGCCGUUAAAGAAUAAAAAAGGCAAUGGAAAUGGCGUGAGUAAACAGCCAAACCCAGGAGUACAUGCGCCAAAACAAAAAACGACAGAUAGUAGUAAGCCGAAGAAAGUUGUCACAGAAGAUGAAAAAAACAAAGAACAUAAAAUCACAUCAAGCGGGGAUGCCCAAGAAGACAAACAGAAAGAUAAAAUAAACGCAAAAGAUAAUGCUGGUCAGGAACACACGGACACAACUGAAUCUGAGGCUAUGAUCACGGAUAAUUUAAGCGGAACUGAAGAUGAGGACCAAAUGCCGGGAAAAAAUGGCGCUGAAACGAAAAAGGCGGACAAUGACUCGAAACGUGCAAAGCUUGAGAACAGUGUUUCGCCUGGCUCCAGUGAUGGUAGACGCAAACCGCAGACGUACGAUUGCACAAGCGAUGGCUCUCAACCUCGGGAAGCAAGCGGUGGUGUUCAACAACAGGCCAUGCUGCAAAGGCAGCGCGCAGCUGAAGCGAGCAAGCAAAUGUUGUACGGUGUAUACGGAAAUUUCGUUUCCAUACUGGAAGAAUACGAGGCAAGGACGCAGAAGACGAAAGCUGCGAGAUCGAAUAUUGCUUUGCCUGAUCAGUCCAAAAAGUCUGUGGAUGACGUACAGAGCAUCGUUCAGACGCAACUGCUGCUGUUUGAAACCCAGCAACGUGCAUGUCCAAAGGAAGUCAGUCAGAGCGUGAACAAAGAACUGAGAAAGAAGACACUUCAUUGGGCUGCCGUCCGAGAGGAGAAACAUAUGAAACCAAAUGAGACAGACAAAUACAUUUGUCAAUUGUACGAAGUUUUGGUGAAGGGUAAAACAAAACACGAGAUUCUCGAGAAACCCAGCAAACCUGUCUCAGCCGCGACAAUCAAGGAAAACGUAAAGCACAUCUUCAAAGGCAAAAAUGACGCCAUGGAAAUUGACCAACAAUUUAAACAAGACGACAAGAAGAAAGCGACAAGCCCUGAAACCCGCCGGUCUGAACUGGAUGAUGCCUACGAAAAAGGUGCAAAACGGAUGAAAGUAACUAGACCAGACCUUAAAAAGGUUCUUGACAAUGACGUUAAGGAGUUCCUGGACGAUGGUUUCGACAAUAUUCGUUAAAUAAAAACCUGUAUAAUAAUGUAAAUCACAAACAUUGUAAUGUAUUAUACUUAUAUGUGUGAGUAUCGGACGAUCAUGAAUUUUUAAAUAAUUUAACAUGUCGUGCUUGUGCUCAUGCAACAAUUGCUGAAUAGGUUGAUACUCGCCUUCUGUAAUUAUGUUUUAUGUGAUUCCUUUUUGUUUUCGUUUAAUAAUAACCACCUUUCGUGUUUUUUUAUGAUUUUACGUUUGCUAAAUUUGAUGUUUUCCUUAUAUUUUAAAUAAGGCUAUAUUGUAUGUCACAUCUAUAAGAAAUUCGUUUUAUUGACAUUAUUCAACCCUUGUGAUUCUUAUUUGAUUACAACACAUGAUAAAUUAAACUAUUCAAUUAAAAAAAGUUAUUCUUGAAA